AUGAAGGUCACCGCCAACUCGAUGAUCGCCAUCAUCGGCGCCCUCUCGGCGACCGCUGUCGCCCAGGAUAUCCCGGCCGAUUUCCCUCAGUGCGGUAAAGUCUGUGUCUCGAACAUGGUCGCCAAGGCUGGUGAGCUCGGCUGCAGCGGCACCGAUGUCGCAUGUCUCUGCAAGAACCAGAACUUCUUGUAUGGGGUCCGCGACUGCUCCUACCAGUCCUGCAAUGACGAUGCUGCCGCUGCCAAGGUUGUCGCCUUCGGCCUCGACUAUUGCAAGACUGCCGGCGUUUCCAUCCCCACUUCUGUAGGCGCCCCUUCUCUGGUCCCUGGUAAGACCGAGGCUGCAGGUGGUGCUACUACUGGUGCUGGUGCCGGUGGUGCUGGCUCGUCGAGCGCCGUCACUACUUCGGCCAUCGUUUCGACCAUCACCUCUGAUGGCUCGGCUGUCACUACGACUGUCGGUUCGACCACCAUCUUUGCUGGUGGAGCAGGAGGUGCAGGUGGCUCCGGAUCUGGCUCGGGUGGCUCGUCGAGCGCCAUUACCACCUCGGCAAUCGUUUCCGUCAUCACUACUGACGGCUCGACUCUGACGUCCACUGUUGGCUCGACCACCAUCCUCGGCGGCGCUGGUGGUGCUGGCGGCAAUGGAGAGUCGUCUUCAGGUGCUUCUGGCAGCGGUGCUGAGACCGGCUCCGCAUCCGCCAUCACGACUUCCAGCUUCACGACUGUGAUCACCAGCGGCUCCUCGACCGUCACCUCGACCGGUGCCAGCACUCUGUCUGGUAUCGGCGGUGUCGUUGGCGCCACCUCAGCUCCUGUGACGGAGACGACCUCGCCAAUUGUCUCUACCACGACGGGCUCCAAUGGUGAAACUGGCGUUACUACCAUCGGUUCAUCUACCAUCACCUCUCAUCUGACUGGCUCAUCUGCUUCCAGCGCGUUGAGCAGCCAGGCUUCGUCUCGGACUGGUACCAACGCUGGUCCUCAAAUGACUGCUGCACCCGUCGGUGGCAUGCUUGCAGUUGCUGGUCUCGCGAUUCACUACAUGGAUCAUGGUCUCUGGCUGGGCAUGCAAUAUGACGGAAGGGUCUUCCGGAGCUUCCUGAACCCCACCGCCCCCUACCGAUCCGAUCGGCGGUCUCGUUGGAGAAUUCCCACACCCCGCAACGGCUCCCGCCAAGGGCCAAGAACACGGGACGGCAUGGAUGAUCGAGCGCCACCGAUCCCGCCUCGGCCGCCGGGAUACGAGACCCUGAUCCCGGUGACACCGUCAUCGUCAUCAUCGGCGGCUGGCGACCGGCCGCCUCUGCCGCCGAGGCAGCCUUCGGGCUCGCAGAGACAGUCUCAGUCUCAGUCUCAGUAUCAGCAUCAGUCUCAGGCUCCGCCGCCACCGCCACCACAGCAGCAAUAUCAGCCGCCGCCUCCGCCUCCGCCACGGCAGCAGUACCAGCAGCAGCCGCCGCAGCAGCAGUACCAGCAGUUUCAGCAGCCGAGUCCCGGUGCCGGUGCAGUACCACCUCCACCUCCGCAGAAUCCGCCAGGCGGCCAGCAGCAGCCUCAGUCAGGCCGUGUCUGGCAACACCUGUUCUACCCCGAUGGGUCUCCGAAAGCCAUGUUUGUAGACCUCAUGGCGAGCUUCUUUGUGGUCUUGGACCCCCAGCGGACUGGAUACCUUACCCCCGAGGUGUUUUCGAGCUGGCUCGAUGUCAAUGAGACUCAGACCGAGCACAACGUUUGGAAGAAUUACUUCAAGCCCAUGGCCAUGUUCGAGCCCGUGGACCAGGCCGACUACGAGUUCAAGGCCGUGCUCGAGGCCUGGCGGUUCGACCACCGCGUCGUGCAGCGCGGGCCGCCGGGCAGGCGGACCAUUCCCUACGGCGGGAUGCCGCUGCUGAGCCUCAAGGGCUUCGUCGACUACAUGGCGGUCGAGGUCGCGGGCGGGCCCGUGGACGACGCGUGCUCCGGGCUCAACGCGGCGCUGCGGCACUACGGCGUCUGGCCCGAGCUGGGCCCCUUGCCCCGCUGGGCGCUGCCGGCCGAGAUGCCGGCCGAGGUGAAAGCCCGUGUGGACGCGGCCAACGCGCGCAGCCGGCGCAACGCCGACGAGAAGCUCGACGCGCUGCACGCCAAGCACCUGAUCGAGGCCAAGGGGCGGCAGCAGGCGCUCGAGCUCCUGUCGGACUAUCGGUAUGUGUACCGGCCGAUUUGA